AUGGUUGACAAUAUUUGGAGACUUUCCGAUUCUGAAAGUAUAGAAACUUAUGAGAGUUGUAUGGGAAUGAACUUGGGCAAUGGAAUUUUGAUCAGCAAGGAUAUUCCAAGCCCUGUGUUAUAUUCUGAUAACAUCCAUUUUCAAAACUUUUGUUACAGAGAUAACCCCAUUUAUAUGGCUACUAAAUAUGUUGGUAUCCCUGCAUCCUAUCUACCGAUCGCUGAACAAGAUUGGAAACAAUAUAUCAGUGUUAAAUGCAGUGUUGGAGGAAAUUUCACCUCUGGUAUAUAUCCACUAUUGGUUGCAUAUGCCGCAAAUUUUGUUUUAACACUAUUCCUAACAAUAUUAGCAUUCAUAAUUAUCCGACCUAAACCUUAUUUGCUUGUAUCUACCAUAUUAAAAAUAGGCUGUUUAAUCUGUACAAUUAAUAUCAUUAUAACCUUGAAUCGAGUAUUCAAAUUAUUAAGAGAUCAACAUGCUCAUUUAAGUGUGACCAUAUCCUCUCAAAUAAUAGAUUCACUCUCUCACAAUGUUAGUAUUAUUUCAUUACAUUUUAUUUCUUUAAUAAUGUUACAACUAUGUCAAGUGUUCAUUGUUAUGAGAACUUUUGAAAGAAACAAGGAAAAGAGGAUCAUACUGUUUGGUGGUGUCAUCCUAACAAUUGUAACUUGUGUCUUAUGGGUUACACCUCAUUGUGCAUCAAUAAUAUAUCAUGGACAAUUAAAUUGGGAUAUUUUCCCUGUAUUCGUAUAUCUAUUUAGAAUUGCAAUUGAAACUUUAUACACCUGCUUUAUAAUCUCGUUUGCGUUAAGACAAAGUAGAUUCUGGUUGAAAAACCUUCAAAUGAUUUUUCUCACAUUAUUGACAAUAUUGUCUGUCUUACUUUUACCUGGGUUCUUCAUUGCUGAUAUAUCUAAUUUGUGGAUUUCACAACUUGGUGAAGUUUUCGAUGAUGCCUGUUACAUUAGUUCGACCUUUUUGCCAUGGGAAUGGCUUAAAAGAUUAUCUAAUUUACAAAAAGCAGAAAGAGCUCAGAGUAUACUAGGUAGACCUAUAUAUGAUAAUGAACAACAAAAUUUUGCAUUUGCAAAGUAUGCAUUAAGAACCCAACGUGUUCAACAAGAACCAUAUGACAAUUAUGACGAUGAUGAUGAUGAUAGAAUUGACCAUAUGACACAUGAAUCAAUUAGUUUUACAGGUUGCUCGAACACAGAUACACGUAGUGUAAAUAGACGACGUGCAUCUGAAGAUAAUACAUCAGAACUACACUAUUCAAACACUUUAUCACCUUCCUUUGGUAGUCUCUCAAACCGUCCUAUUGCAGGUAAUUCUUGCUAUGUUAUGGAUGAUAUAACUGCCGAUCACGAAAGUAUCGAUGAAAUCAACUUCAAUCCCAAAGAGAAAAAAAGUGAUUUACUUAAAGCUAAAUUUAGUUCUGCCUAUAAUAAGUUCGUUUUAUUUACUGACCAUGUUAUCCUCAAAAAUUUGGGCUCAGAGUCACUCAGUUCAACAUCUAAUAGUGAUAAAACUAACACUUCAAACAAAAAGAAGUACCAAUUAAUUAAGAGGCACAUUGGUUUGGAUAAACCACCUGCUACCUAUGUUUAUAAUACAACAGACGUUGUAUUUGAUUCAGAUGGUUCAGACGGUUCAGACAGUUCAGAAGAUUCAAACGAUUUCAACAAUUCUCAUAUUAAUUCCAACAACCAAGGCAUCGAAAACGAUCCUAAUGAUUAUGACACUAACAAUACUUGUGAUGACCAUUACAGUGAUAGACAACCACAACAAGAAAACCUGUAUUAUGACCAGGAUUUCGAAAGAGAUUUUGGUAAACAUUAUUACUAA